CCAACAGAGGAAGAAAACCCGACAGAAGCACACAAUGCAGUUUGACUGCUACGGGUUAUCCACCCAGGCUUCAUAUGCUUUAGCUUCCCAAAUAAACUGAAGAAAUCUAUUUAUUCCAUUUUGACGAUCGCAACGAAAAGCAAGCUUUCAUACGUCCAUUUUCACGAUACACUUGAGAAAGAAAACAGCUCCUGCUGCGGACACCGGCGAAAUCUCCAGCUUGACCGCACACAGUGGAUCACAGAGCGGGCCGCGGAAGGAGGAGCCCAGCCUGCGCUGACGGGGCUGCGCUCAACAUCCCUGACGGAGCAACUCCAGACCGAGGCCUCGGGGCCUGUUGUAUAUUAUUAUCGUUUUAAAUGGAGGCUCGGACGAAAGCAGAAGCCAGAGGAAAAUGGCCCUCUGUACAGCGCGAGUGAUGAAAGUGACAAUGUCUUGACAGAAAGACAGUAAGUGGAUUAUCUAGAAGCUUUCAUAAUCGCUGUGUUAUUGGAUAAAACAGGCCCGGUGAUGCCCAGACAUGACUGAACUCAGACUGCAGUGUGCUCGCACCAUACAGCUUCCACUGGACUCCAUUAAAUUAUAAGACAGAAACCUUAAACCACAAUUAAGAGCUCUGAAAUCAAGAGCACUGGUCCUGGAGGCGUUGGUUUUUAUUCAGUAAUAGUUGUAAAGUCUCCCAGGCCGGAACAGGGUGUGUUUUUAACAAGUGCCUUUGUACGGACAUUGACAUGGAUGGUCCCAGUCGAAGCGGAGGCUUCAGGCAGAGCCGCCGCUCCCGCUCGCAGCGUGACCGAGAGCGGCGGCGGAGGAGAGCGGAUCUCGCGGAGCACAGGGCCUCGUCGCCCUCCUCGGCCUCGGACCAAGAACUCUGCAGAGGAGACUCCCUGCUUCGUGCCAAUGGAGGAGAAUGCAGACCCGGCUUCCCUGGGGCCAGACACCGGCCUCCGCGUCGGAGGAAGCGAGAAUCGGUGUCUUGCGAGGAGGACAUCAUCGAUGGAUUCGCCAUAGCCAGCUUCAUAAGCCUGGAGGCCUUGGAGAUGGACUGUUCCCUAAAGCCUCCAGAGCGAUCUGGCUUGUUAAUGGGUAGAGGAAGCAAAAGAAAGCGAGGUCUAGAUGAAAACGGAGGGCCUCUGUCAGAGCCGGAGGAAGGACCUCCUGCUACAUACACCAACAGUUGGGAGCAGCGCAGGAAGAUCAAAUCAAAACUGAAGAGAAAUAGAGAUGCUAAGAUAUCUGGGAAUCACAUGGAGACAGGAUACAUUUGCGAUACAGAGAGUGAAUCGGGAGAUAAGGCUUCUGACAAUCUGGAGCCAGCAUUCAUCGUCUGCACAAGAGAAGCAGUUAACUCCAACUCUGCAAGCGCUGCUGUGGGCAACGGUUGCCCUCUCUUGCCCUCAAAUAGCUCAAUACCCCUUCUGUCAGUCACACCCCGGGUCUCUGGCCUGGAGAGGAGUCAGGAGAUGAGUAUGGAGCAGCCUUACCCUGAGCCCAUCUCUACUUCAUCCUCUCUGCCUAGCCUUGCAGCCCAUUCCACUGCUUCUGUCUCCAACUCACUUCCUGAUCAGCGUAAUGGAAAUGGUGGUCCCCAUCACCGCCAUGAUCCUAGCCCAUCACAGCACAAACACAAGCCUUUCCUCCCUUUCCAUGGAAAGUCACAAUCGAUCUAUUCAAUGGGCAGCAACAACAGGAGCAGUACCUCAGGCAAGCCUCCAUCUUCAUCAGCCUCUUCUUCAUCAAUCAGACCCCCUACUCCUGCUACAAGUGUGUCCCUUGUUCGAGGCCCAGGGGGUGUGGGGACAGUAAGACCCUCCUCUCGACCAAGUCCUGGUGCCGUCUUCACACCGUCCCCCAGCCUUCCCCCACCUCCUCCACUAAUGCAGGUGUCACCCCACCCUUCAUCAGAUCAGGAUUUAACACAAUCAAAUGUUGCCUCUGUAGCUGGAGGACCGUCUGUUUCAAGUUCGAGCUCUGGGACGGGUAGCAGAUCUUCGCAGGCCCAGACGUCUAUCCCACCAAUGGCCUACCAGUUCCAUCAGCACAAUCACCAGCACCAGCACACUCAUACUCACCAACACUUCUUACAUCCCACAGCUGCACCACCACCAUUGUUUGAGAAGUAUCCAGGCAAAAUAGACAGUCUCUUUCGACACCCAUUUUUUCCUCAGUACCCACCAUCUGUGCCUGGAAUACAGCCCGUUCUUCCGCCCACAGGACCUUUCAGUUCAUUGCAUGGAGCAUUUCAGCCUAAGCUUGUUGCCCUUCAGGGAGCUGCUCCAGAGAUGACUUCUGGUUUGGGAGUUGUACCGCCCCAUCUGCAACCUAAAGCAAGGAUAACAGACCCAUUUGCACCACCACCAAAAGUCAGUAAUACGGUCUCUUUACAGAAACCUGGAAAAUGGUGCGCUAUGCAUGUCCGUGUGGCUUGGAUGAUUCUAAGGCAUCAAGAAAAAGUCAAGCUUAUGCACGCUGAUCCACAAAAGCUUGACUUCCGUAAUGACCCAUUGCCUCGACUCCCUGGCCCUGGUAUUGGUGGACUAGGAGGUCUAGGACCACUUGGUGGUCCCCUUACCCCAAAUCAUGAUCUUACAAGGCCAGGAAGCCUGUUUGCAGCCGCUGGUGGAGUCAAUCCGUCCUCCACACCAUUCAUGUCUCCAUCAACGCCCCACUCUUUCCUCCCAGCAGCACAUCUGGAACCAUAUGUUCGUUCACCUCCCUUCUCCUCUUUGGGAGCCCUGGGUUCUGGUGCCUUUGGAGGCCUAGGCAGCCCCACAAUAGCGGCCAGUGUUUUUGGACAUAAGACCGAGCCCUCUGCAAAUGCGGUUGGAGGAUUAGGUAACCCCCAUGAUCCAUGGAAUCGUCUGCAUGUUACCCCUGCCUCUUUCCCCUCUGGAUCGUCUUGGGCCAAAGGACCAGAGAAAAAAGAUGAUCGAGGAAAGGAAGUGGAGAAAAGAGAGCUGACUCAUAUAAAAGACGAAAAGGACAGAGACAGUCUCAUGUAUGGACGCCCACCAGUGCGAAUGUCACCUGGUGUACCAUCCCUCAGGCACCGCAGCAACACCCCCAGUUCACAUUUGAAUGGCUUGGGUCCACUGAGCGUAGGUGGGGUCCCUUCAGAUGGCCAAAGCAGAGAGCGUGAACGAGAAAGAGAGUCAGACAAGAGACAACAUUCUGCAUCCAGGACACCAGCGUCGGCUUCCUCCACAGCACCGGACAGACCUCGAUCUUCAACAUCUUCUAUUCUCACAAACUCUCCUUCUAAUGUCCGCUUAGCUUCUUCUCCUCUGGAUCUAUUUCACCGACAGCCACCACACACACUCAGCACUGAAUCAAGUCACUCUUUGCAAAGAGAGAACAAUGGUCUAGCCUCUUCCUCUUCUAGUUCGCUUCCAGUAAAGAAACCUGAUCGGACCACAACUCCCGUAUCCAAGCCUGUACUUGGUCUAACCUCUGGGCUGCUUCUCCCCCAAGUCAAGGUCAAAGAAGAGCGUAAAGAGGAGCCUGAGCCAGUGCCCAUCUCCAUACCGCAUCAAGCCAUACCUCAACACAACUUUGAACGGCCCAGUAGUCGACACACACACCAUCCAUCCACCCCUUCCUCAACCCUCUCAUUGACACCUACACCUGGCAUGUCUCUUCCUCCUGCAACUCCACACCCUCCCCAUCAUCAUCAUCAUCAUCAUCAUCUGUCCCUUUUAGAUCGUUCACGGGCCAUUGAUGCCUAUCUCGGUGGUGCUGGAGGCUCAGCCGGACUGGUAUUAGGUGCUGCAGCUGAACGUUUUCCACCCCAUCCACAUGGUCCUCCGCAAGGUCAUGCCCAAGCCACUCACAGCUUUCCCUGGGACCCUUGGAGGGAUCUGGCUGCCCAACAUCAGCAGCAACGCAGGGAAGUAUUGACUCUGAGGUCAGAUCACCACCUUGCACUUCGCUCUGAUCCACACUUGUCUAGACUUCUCCAGCAUCAGCAGGUACAGCGAUUUUUGGAGGCUGAGAGAGCUGCAGUUGCGGCCGCUGUGGCUAACAGCCCGCACCAUUCACAAGUACCUACCUCUACGUCUUCUGCUUCAGCAGGCAGGUCAGAGUUUGGUUUGAUGCCCCACCCGUUUGAAGAGGAACAACGUGCUCAGAUACUGCGCGAAGACUUUGAGAGAGCACGGUACUUUGGGAUGCAUUCACAUCCGCAUCUGUCUGCCCCUCACCUUCCUAGCCCAUCUCAUGCUGCCCACCUUGAACAGCUUCAUGCCGGGCUACUUUCUCACUCUCAUCUCCAUCCAGCUGGAGCACAAGCAUCACAUCACCCUGGCCUCUACUCUAGACUUGGACCUCUGCAUUCACACUCUCAUGUACCUAAUGGCAUUCUAACCAAGAAUCCAGGUCUAGUUGGGGCAUUGUCAGUUGGGGCUCCACCACCUCUCAUUCCAUCUGUUAACAGAUCUUCUACUCCACCCCGUGGCUCCAGACUUGGUGGGGCUGGAGACAUGGCCCUUUUUACCACACAUAAAGAUGGCGAGUCGAGAUAGUACUAGGUAAAGCUUGAGGAGCUUCCAGAACUACUUUGGUGAAGAAACUGCUCCUCACAUGGCAAGGUUCUGCAGGACAUUCAAAAAGAGUUAAGCUUCAAUGACCAUACACAAGUAUUGAAACAACCUGGGGAGGGAACGGAGACACUACCCGGGGCUGUUUGAUACAUUUAUCCACUGUGGUUAUGUUGGUGCAAUUUAGGUACUCUCUUGCUGUGGCCUGAUUUUUAUGUAGGGUUUUCUUUAAAAAGAGGCCUGUGGAUGCUCAAAGACAAUUCAUUGCUACUAAUAAUAUGAAGACAAGUUAUGUUGAAAAGUGGUGGAUAAAAAAAUUGCAAACCUGUUUGUCUUUGUGAACUCAAAGAAACCCUUGUAGAGUUAUUGUCCUCCGCUUCGCAUUUGAAGAAAGAGAAAUCAGACCCUGGCUGAAGUAAUCAAUUACUUCUCAUUGUCUGAAUCAGCACUGUUGACAAAUGUAUGAAUUAAAAGAAACACUUGGUCCACAUUCUGCUUUAAAUAUUCAAGUCAUCCAUCAGACAACUUCCAUUAACAUCAGAAUGAACUUAAGAUUUAUUUUAUUCUUUAAAAAAAAAAGUUAUUAUGAACUGUAUGUACAUCUUGUUGGAUAAUAUUUUAAAAUUUAAAGGGAAAGAACUGUCUCCCAUUCAUUAGUCUGACUCGGUACAAGAGCUGGGUCAGAAUAUAGUAGAAUAGUGAUAUUGCUUUUGUAAUAAUUAUUGUUAACAUUAAUUACUUUCCAUAAUAAAUAUAUUCACUGUUUAUGUUAUGUCAUGUUUCAGGUCUUACCAAAUGCACUCACUUGUUGAAAUAAGUCAGAGAUAUGAUUAUUGUCCAGCAAAGCACUCCAGUGAUAUAUUUUGCUCCAAUAUACUGCUGGUUAUGUUCAAGUCAAUGUGCUGCGGAUGUAUCAAAGCCAGCCUAUACAGUUCAGAGAAUUGUAUAUCUUCAUACUUUGGGAGAGAAGUGUGUGUGUGUUAUGUCUAUGUUUUCCACAGUUGAAGCCUUUGGAAGUCUCCAACAACCAUCAUCCAAACACACCGAGUGGCACAGAGGCAUCUGUUGACUGGACAAAAGGAGUGCACGUCUUGUACUUGCAGCUAAACUAUACGAUUAGAAAUACUCUUGAGAUACAGGACAUUCUGGAUUAAUUAUUUGAGCAAAACAAUUUUAUACAUUUUAAAUAUGUCCCUUUCCCCCUUGAAAAGGGAAACAAAGAUUAAUUAUUAAACAAAUGGUUGGUUAUUUA